AUGUCAGAUAUCCUUUCCACCAUCGAAAAAACCCUUGCCGAAGCUGCUGACCCAUCCCUCAAAAAGAAGAAGAACAAGAAAUCUAAGCAACAGAAAAAAAAUGAGCUCCGUAACUUUGAUAAUCUUGACCAGUUCAGAGACUUUUUGAAAAUGGAAUCCACUUCUGAUUACGAAGAAAAGGUGCAUGCCCAUCUCUCAUAUUUCCCACCGUUUGUGAUGCAGUCCUGCCAUAACGACCCAGAGAAAAUUAAGCCAACCAUGAACAAAAACAACAAAAAGUUUGUGCGUCGUUUAUCACAGCAUGUCAACAAGCACUUGAUUGAUGACAUUAAGAAGAAUUCCGAUUUUGGUGACGAGAUUGCUUUCGAAGAAAUCGAUGAAAGUGAUACCUUUGAUAAAUUGGUGUGGCAUUUUGUGGAUGCCAAUGAGCAUGAAUCUAAUGGCAAGAAGUUUAAACUCGAAAUGGAUGUGGAAUGUCAUAAUGAUAACGCUACAGUGGAAGUUGAUUACAGGGCUUAUCCAUGCUAA